UCACCCUACCUUCCCCAAUCUCCCAUCUUUCCAUUAUUCCUCUUGUCCCCUUUUAAUUUCAGUUACGCUUUUUCUUAGGUCCUUUUCAUUUUUAAUUCCAAUUAAUUUUUCUUUCAAAUUUUCUUUUGAAAUUUAGAAAAAUGCCUUCAAAUGAAUUAAAUUCUCCUUUAUUGAAUUAUGAACAAUUAUUGAUGACUGAAAAUAUUAAAAAAGAAAAACGAAAUUUUUAUAUGGGUCCAGUUAUUUUUAUGGAUAAACAACUAAAAAGGCUUAGAGAGGCGCCUGUACACACAGUCAUUAGCCCGGAAAGGUUCCAAAUAAGCAUCGACCUGUCAAUUUUCGAACCAGAAGAUAUUCAGUUGCUUUUAUCCAAAGGCCAAUUAGUUGUUUUGGCAGAAAGGGAAGUUAGAAUUAACGAAUCGUCUGUGGUUGUUCGACAUUUCCGUAGGAAAAUAAGUAUACCCGAAGAUGUGGUGACCGAUGCUGUUGCUACACAGAUUAAUUCGUUUGGCAUUCUUACAAUGACAGUUUUACGAAGAGCUAGAGCUUAAUCAAAUAAAAUUUUAUUUAGACAAAUUAUAGUCUUUUUAACUGAUAUUUUAAUUAGUAAAUUAUUUCAUUGUGCUAAUUGAACUUAAAAAAUAAUUUUUUUAAAAAUCUUCAAAGUCCCCUCUAUUUAUCCAACACCCUCCAUUUAUCCUCCUUCUAGCAAUUAUUACGGACCCCAAUAUUUUCCGUUUCCAAUGGUUACCCUUUUAAAUAUUUUUUUCUUUUCUCCACGUCUUUAGAUGGUCACCUUCCCUCCCCUGUUAGUCGUCUUUUAAAUACCUAAAUGGUCUCCAUGGCAUCUGCUAAAAAAAUUUUUUUUCAUUUUUUAAUAAUUAUAUGUAAGCCUUUUUUAAUUAAAUAGCUUUUUUUAUUCUUUUUUUGUUUAAUUUUUGGUAUUUAAUUUUUAAUUAAAUUUAACACGUUAUACUAAAAUAUUCACACGUCAAUGGAAGAAAUAUUUUUUUUAAUUAAAUUUUAACAAAAAAUUUUUGAAAUUAAUUUUUAAAAGUCAGACCAGGUGUGGGCGUAUUGCGUUUUGCGUUAUUUGCGUUGUUUUUAGCCUUGCGUUGCGUUUUACGUUUUUAGAGAUUUUCUAUUGCGUUCACC